CUAAAAUGGUGGUUUGUUGCGGGUCAAAGUCAAAAGUCAAAACCCCAAGGAGAAAAUUAGAAAACCAAAACUGAAAAUCCAACCCAAAAGUAAAAAAGCCAAAAGCCCAUAGGAAAGGCACCAUUGAUGGAUUUCAAACCGAGGGAAUAUGUUGUAUAACCUCUUUCUUUAGAAGGAAGGAAAAAGGGAAAAGAGAAACAAGAACCAAUAACAACUCCAUGAUCUCUUCCUCCCUCAAUAUGUUGCUAGAUCUACCCUUUCAAAAGUUUUGAAAAAUCUUCUCUUUUUGGUCAGAGCGUUCCAAAUCUCCCUUGUCGAUGAUAUGUUUAAUCCAUCAGAUAAAUGGGUUCUUUCCAGCUAAGGUUAUAAUCCGGAAACCAUACACAAAGGAGUAGAAUAUUUGUUAGAACAUAGAUUCAAGCCAUAGAACUUUUGUCAUCUCAAAUACCCGGCAUGAUUAAUGGUGUCUGUAUUCAUAAAUGAAUAUUUGAUUUCUGGAGCAGGCGACUUACCUUUUGUCCUUGAGGAGAAAUUAGAGCAGAAACUAGGGUUCUAUCUUGUUCUUGAUAACCAUUUGAUGAAUAAUUUGAUUUUCGGGUCAUUUGGGUGAGAAUAUGUAAGGUAUGGUAUCAACUGCAUUGAUGAGGAUUGUGUCACCCUGUUGGAAACCUUCUGUUGAGGGUGAAAAUUCCAGUGAGCGCGGUGAUGUGAGUGGUCGGUUUGAUGGUUUGUUGUGGUACAAGGAUUCAGGACGUCAUGUGAAUGGAGAAUUUUCAAUGGCAGUAAUUCAAGCAAACAAUCUGUUGGAAGACCAUAGCCAACUUGAAUCAGGGUCAAUGAGUUCGCUUGAAUCCGGUCCUCUCGGAACAUUUGUUGGAAUUUAUGAUGGGCAUGGAGGUCCUGAAGCUGCACGUUUUAUAUAUGAUCGCCUGUUUGACAAUAUCAAGACUAUUCGUGCUGCAGAGUUUACAUCAGAGAAUCAGGGAAUGUCAGCUGAUGUUAUCAACAAGGCAUUCUUGGCGACUGAAGAGGAGUUCCUCACUCUAGUAAAGAGGCAGUGGCUGAGUAAGCCACAAAUUGCUUCUGUUGGUUCAUGUUGUUUGGUAGGCAUAAUAUGUAGUGGACUGCUUUACAUUGCAAACUCAGGAGAUUCUCGGGUGGUGUUAGGUAGACAGGAGAAGGCUCUUAAAGUGAUUAAAGCUGUUCAGUUAUCAUAUGAGCACAAUGCAAGUGUGGAAUCUGUGAGGGAGGAAUUGCGAUUGCUGCAUCCCGAUGACCCACAGAUUGUUGUUUUAAGACACAAAGUGUGGCGUGUGAAGGGUCUGAUACAGGUUUCAAGAUCAAUAGGCGAUGCUUAUUUGAAGAAGGCAGAGUUCAAUAGAGAACCUUUAUUGUCGAAGUUUAGACUGCCAGAACCCUUCCACAAGCCAAUCCUUAAAGCGGAGCCAACAAUAUCUGUGCAGAAACUCUGUUCUGAAGAUCAAUUUCUUAUAUUUGCAUCAGAUGGCUUAUGGGAGCACCUAAGCAAUCAGGAGGCAGUAGACAUUGUCCAGAGCUGUCCACGUAAUGGCAUAGCAAGAAAACUUGUUAAAACAGCACUUUGUGAUGCAGCCAAAAAAAGAGAAAUGAGAUACUCAGACUUGAAAAAGAUUGAUCGAGGGGUGCGGAGACAUUUUCAUGAUGAUAUCACAGUUAUAGUUUUGUUUCUUGAUUCCCAUCUGAUCAGUCGCAGCUCCUGGCAUGGACCCCUACUUUCAAUCAGAGGAGGUGGCGAUAACUUUGCCAACACCUAGUUUAAGAGGAAUGCGAGGCUCAAGCAUGUUGAUAAUGUUCAGUUUCACCUUGUCUAGUUGAGUUUAUUUGGGAGCUGUUUGCACGUUAUUAGGAAUAUUGAAAUUGAAGGCAACUCAACAAGAACAAUAGCAAUUUGAAUCUGAAUGUGUUCGCGGUUUGCAACUUGUAUUACUUCACAUACCAGGCAAUAGCUUUGUAGCUUUGUGUUAUGCAAGAACUUCAAAUUCCAAACUACCACUUUGCGAAUGUCAAUAAUUAUAUAAUUCCUUUGUUACUUUAGGAA